AUGGAUAUUGCUGAUGACCACGUAGAGGCUAUUCUUGCUCAGGAAUCUCCAGGUGUCCAGGCCCAGGAGGAAGUACAAAAGAUCAGCUCUCUACCAGGUCGGUUUGGACCGAACAUUGCCAACGAGGAGAAGCACCUGUCGGAGCAGUCUCGAGAGCUCUCCUCCCUCUCCUCCAGCUCGUCCUCCUCCAGCCUGCUGGCCCAGAGACACUCCAGCCUGGUGCAGCCGCUGCGCGUCAGCCCUCAGACGACUCAGAGUCCCAUCUACAAUCAGCAGUAUUCAGGGACUGGGGUGGCUCCUACAUUUGUUAAGUGCCUCCAUGAUGUGUCCACAGUGAAGGGUCAGCUGGUGGUGCUGGAGUGCAGGCUGAGGGGAACUCCGCCCCUGCAGGUCAUGUGGUACCGAGAGGACGAGCAAAUCCUGGACUCCGACGAUUUCAGGAUACUGCGCAAGAAGGCCAGUUCUGCAUCAGUGCCGGAUCCAAGGAGACCAGAAAUGCAGAGAAACGGUGUUUGUGCGAGAGCGCAGAGAGAGACUGCUAUUGUCAUCACGCUGCUGCCCAGGCCAGACUACGUGGUAGUCAUGGGAACAGCAUUCCUUCCUUGUAGAAAAGUAAAGGAGCAGCCAGGCCGGGUAUUACAGGAAGAGAACCAUUUCCCGGAGCCUCAGCUGGUCAACUACUCCUCUGAAGAGCCGUUCGGUCGCAGCGAGGAGGAGAGUGCCUUCAGCUCAGAGGGACAAAGGUCACCGGAGGUCACUAUCCAAGCCUGUACACCCAGCCCUCCGCCUCCACCCUCACCACCACCACCAGAACAAGUCAAGGAGGAGAAAGCCCCGACAACCAAGCUGUUUACUCCAAGCAAGCUCACUUUCACAUCCUCCCAGUCAGGAGGCAACAACAACAUGAACCUGUCGGACCUGCCUACCUUCACCCCCAGUGCCUUCCCUCCCAGUGCCUUCAACUAUGAGCGUCCGAGGCACUUCAUUCAGUCGCAGCCGGCCUUCCAAGCACCCAGCUACGAGAGCGUGCUGAAGGAGGCCCAGGAGAACCAGAACAACUCCCAGCAAACCCUCAGCAGUGCCCAGACGAGUCAAAAUGUUGUGGAGACGCAGAGUCAGACCAAGUCUGUGUCGACACAUAGUCAGUCGUUCUCUCAGACUCAGUCAGUGUCAAAGUCUGUGUCUCAGACUCAGUCACAGCUUCAGUCGCUGAGCCUCAGUCAGACUCAGAACCAGUCAGUGGCCCAGACACAGCUUCAGUCGCUGAGCCUCAGUCAGACUCAGAACCAGUCAGUGGCCCAGACACAGAUCCAGACUCAGGCCAACGGAACAGGGAAGUCCUCCCCGUCCUCCUCCAGCCUCAGCUCUCCUAUCACCACCCCGGCUUCCUCCAUCGCACCUCCUUUUCCCACCAUCACCCCUUUACUCAGCCCCUCUGCCACCACCUCGUCCUCACCUUUCCCCUCCCCCUCCCCCUCAUCCACCCUCCCUCGCACCACCAUGCGCUCCACCAUCACCCUCACCCCCAGCGUCCCCAGUGCCACCGGUCUGGGCAGCGCCACCUUGCCGGCUAACCAGGACUCCCUGUCAGCCUCAGCUGCCUACCUCUGCUCGGUGCUGCCCUCCCAGUCCCCCUUCUCCCCUCUCUCCUCCAAACUGUCUCCCAGCUCCGGCUUCCCCUCUCCAUCCCGCUCCCCACUUGCUCCCUCCAGCCCUCUCCUCCCCAUGAGGGCCUCCUCCUCUCCAUCCUCCCUCCCUCAGCAACCUCUCCCGGUGUCCCCUUCCCUCCCUCGCUCCCCUCUCUCUCCUCCCUCCUCCUCCUCCUCCUCCUCUCUCCCACAGCCCAACACUCCCAACAGUCAGAACAGGGUACCGCCUGCUGUGGUCUCGCUGCCCGCCAGCUAUAAGGGAACGCCAAGCAUCCUUCCCAAACCCAUCUUGAAGAAGUCUGUAGCUCCUCGGCCUUCCUCCGCUCGCUCCACAGAUGAAGACAUCCAGGGCUCCAAAGACGCCCUCAUUCAGGAUCUGGAAAAGAAGCUUCGCUCAAAGGAGGCGAGGAGGAGAACCAACCAGAAACUAUCCUAUGAGGAGCGUAUGGCUCGCAGGCUGUUGGGUCCAGACAACGCUACCUACAUGUUUGACCAAGAUAAUCUUUCAGACUCACAACUGGACCAGCCAGACUCACCAGAAGGAAGACACACGGGUGGACUCUGGGGGAGGCACCACUCAGGGACAGACGAGAGGGGCAACGAGGGAUCAGCUAUCCAGGAGAAAUGUUACGCUCCUCGCUUCCUGCAGAUCCCCCCGGACCUCACAGUGGAGGAGGGACGCUUCUGCAGGAUCGACUUCAAGGUUGGAGGCCUCCCGACCCCAGACGUGUGCUGGUACCUGGACGGUAAAGCCAUCCGUCCAGACGACUACCACAAGAUGCUGGUGUGUGAAAAAGGGAUGCACUCGUUCAUCAUAGAGAUCGUCACGGUGCAUCACGCCGGCGUGUACGAGUGUGUGGCCAGAAACCGAGCCGGGGAGAGCAGAUUCACCAUGAGGCUCGAUGUAUUAGCUCAGGAAGUUCUCCGUCCUCCCACCUUCGUCCAGAAGAUGUUGAACUCCAGAGCUCUAGAAGGCGACACCGUUAGGUUAGAGUGUAAAGUGGAUGCUUCUCCUCCUCCGCAGCUUUUCUGGAAGAAAGAUAAAGACAUGCUGCGCAUUGACCCCAACAGAAUGAGUCUGUACCAGGACGGCUCCGGCCGGCAGUGCUUGUUGCUAGAGAGGGUGAUGAAGUCCGAUGCUGGCUGGUACACUCUGUCUGCCAUCAACGAAGCUGGGAUGUCCACAUGCAACGCCAGGCUGGAUGUCGGCACUCGCACAACCCCGGCCAUGAAGACGGCGCCCCCCGGCUCCAAGACGCUGAAGCUGCUGUCGUCUCUGAGCCACGUUCCCGCUCUGACGGUGGAGAGUCCGGCCCAGCACACCGCCCCGCUGUACGAGAGCGAAGAGCUGUAGGCCCCGAACACUCCCCCACACCCCCCACCAGCCAUCACCUCCGAACUGUUAAACCGGGCUGUAACGUCAGGGCAGAAACAGCUCCACACACGAGCACAGAUUAGAAGCACCGCAGCACACAUCGGGGUAGUUUAGACCGAAAAGGCUUCGUUAAACCAGCAGCGCCGGGGUCGAGGUACAAGGCAGCUACGCUCUGCCAAAUUUACAACAUUUGUAAUAACUGACAGUAAGACACAGAUGUUCCUCCAUCCUCCAGAGGUGGAGCGAUUCAACAACUGCUCCUGUAAAGCUUGUUUUGGAGCCGCUUUGUUUCCACAGCGUAGGACUCCUCAUAUUGUCCAUCUGCUGCUGUUUGUCACCGCCGUCCCUGCCCUCCUGUCGCUGCCUUCGUUGGUUCAUGCUUGAUGAGCCUUUAAGUCUCUGCUUUACUUUCUCCGGCCCGUCCCAGAAUGCUGCACCUCGGUCAUGGAUGUAUUAAUAGACCUGACUCUGGCGUGGCAGGCGGCCCUGGUGCCAGGUUCUGUCCCAGAGGCCUUAACACGGCAGCACAAGCUCCUGUAGUCCAUUAACAUUUAGAACACUGAUGACAGAACAAAUGGGCUGUUGGUUUUGAAUUUAGUAUUUUGUAGACGUUAGCCAGAGCGAAGAUGCAGACCGAGCCUGAGAAACCAGACACCAGGACAUACAGGCAGUGCACCUAAAAUCUGUCAACUUAACACUUUCAUUGGUUCCACCGGUUCACCUGUUUGAGUGUCUCUGGGCCCUGCACAGGUAGAUUACCUCACUCAGUUUAACUUUAAUACAUUAGAGCUCUUUACUUCAGUCAUUGUGGGAGACUAGAGGCUUCUCUGUGCACGGUACAUCCAGCAGCAUCUACUGGUGCAUGUGAGGUGUUUAUGGGACGUCUGUGAAUUAUAGCAUCAGAAAGCAAUGUGGCUAACACUCAGGUCUCUCCCUCUAAACGUCUGCAUGCACAGCGACCACCAACCACCACAACCUUUAGCCAACAUUGUUAGUAUUACAGAGAGUUCAGCAAAAGUUAUUUAAAAUGUUAAGAAAAAAAAACUCUCCAAGACACUCGUUCCACGUUGUGGCAGAUUUAUGGCUAACAGCAAAUUGACGCAGAAAUGAAAAUCAUAUUUACCACUGCCUCGAAUAAAGCCAAAGACAAGCUGCCUUACAAGAAGUCUCAGAUCCUUUCUGUGGAAAAAAUAUUUAUCUGCAACUUUAGUCCAGUUUAUAACCAUUUAUAGACUCUGUUAGGAAAGAACCACUAUUGGAACUCACAACAAGGUAAUGCUUAACAUGUAGCAUUUAAACAACUUUUCAUACAUCGGUGCAACCAGUGUAACAGUGUAGCCCUGCUGUGUGCUGCUGUCUCUAGAACAGCAGUCUCCAACCACUGGGACACAGACCGGUACCGUCCCACACAGAAAGAAUAAAAAGGUUUAAUUAGUUUCUGGCGGACUCUGCAGGAUGUUUUAUUUUGAAAAAUGACAAGCUCGUCUUCCCAUCCCUUCCGUCUGGGCUUGUUUCUGGGACUUGACUGUCAGUUUUCAUGUCCAGCUAUUAAACAGAAUCGUUGAAACGAAUAAAAAAAAAAACUAACUUCUCUGGAGAGCGUCUUUGAAAAGAUUGAUGCUGAGACAGAAGAAAAAGUCAAAACAUGUUUAGCAAUAAAGAGUAAUUUUACUUAUUUUGAACACUUCUUAUCUGUUACGUGUGUGACGACCGGUCUGUUGAAAAUAUUUUUUCUUUAAACCUGUCCGUGGUGCAAAACAGGUUGGAGACCGCUGAUGUAGAAAGCAGAAAUAAACUACAUUUCCCACAAUCCAACAGUGCCACCACCUGUCACACUCUGCACUUUAACCCUGACGUCCGGUCGCUGCCCUUCUUCCCUCCGUUUCAGCUUUCCCUGAAUCAUUGCUAGCUAAUAUUUGAGCCUCCAUGUUGAGGAACUCGUCCCUGAUUCACUGCUGCUGCCUCUGAUGUGUCUGUAAAACCUUUAACUGGAGAAGAAAGUCGCAUUUUGAACCUUUCAUACUAAUCAGAUGUUGCUCAGAGUCUCUGCUGUGGUAAAUUCAGCCUCGUAUGUGUUUUUAGAAGUUAUACGGUAUAACGUGAAUGAAGCUAUUUAUUUGAACUGAAGUUAGUAGUUGUCAGUGUUGCCUCUCUGGCUGCAGUCAGAGAUCCAGAACACGAGCAGGCUGCCAUCCUGAUACCGACUGAACACAAAACCCAUCUGCACUCAAAGCACCGUUCAGACCUUUAACGUUUACAUUUUAUCACAUCUGCAGUGCAGAUAAGACGUUUUACACUUCAAAAGGAAACCAUCACUUCUCUCUUUAAAUGCAUGUUUCUACGAUUCUGUCUUUGUGUUAAGUUCAGUGACGGCCAUCAGUUUGUCAGCCUGCACACUUCAUAAACAGAUCUAUCAUAAACGGAGCUUGAGUUGCCUGCUUAUCUUGGAAUUGCUUAUUAUUACCAGCCUGGAGCUUAUUUUAAAAAAAAAAGUAAAUAAAUGAGAGAAAACUUGUAUUUUUAGCUGGAUCUGCAUGCAAGUGAAAAUCUGGCAUUUGAAUCCUGUGUGUCCAGAUUUUUGGGCCUCAGGUGGUGGAGAAAAAAAAAAAAAAGCAUUUUCUGGCUUAAACGUUGCCCCUGAUGUCACGAUAUAAACGGAUGUAUUUGGGCUGAGUUUACACAGGAGCAUCUAAACCUCUCUGUGCUCGUCUGAUCCAGCAUCGCAGCCUGUCGCUCUGCUUUGGAUUUGCUUGACGCACGAGAGGAAGUUAAAAUUCUGCAGGUGUGUGUUUCUCCUGAAGUACUGUUUGUUGUGUAAGAACAUAUCACUGGAUGAAUGAGGAAUAAAAUCUAUGUGACCUUG